GGGGCGCGCACAGCCGCGCCCCCGACGUGAUGGAGGACCUGCAGCCCGGCCCCGCAUCCCUCCAGCCGCUCCCGCACAGCAGCAUCACGGGGACCGGCCACGUGUCUUACAAGCAACCUCUAUACAGAUGAUGAUGGACUUUCACUGACACGACGGAAGCCACCAGAACCAAGCAACCAUGGACCAGGAGACGGAGCCUGGCCAGGAAGUGACAGUGGAGACUGACGCCUUACCAUGCAGUCAAAAAACCUCUAGCAGCACCCAUCCCUGUAAUCACAGCAACAAGCAAAAAUGCUCCACAUGCUACGAAGCUACAGCUGUAGGAAGCACUGGAGGUGGAGUGGUGGGGGCUCAUCAGUGCUGGCCACACAAGGAACAAAACAUAAGACUGGAAUCCCCUCCAUCGCCACAGAUUCAGCCCAGUCCCAGACCUGCCGUGCCGCGUUAUCGCAGACACGGGGACAGUGAGGCCAAGUUCAAGAGGCACAGACAGAGGCAGCAGCGGGAAAUGGAGAGAACUCAUUCAGCGCAGCAAGGAAAGCAACACCACGGAGAGACAGGCCAGGAGGAUGAUUCAAUGCGGGCUUGCUCAGCAAGCACGGAGAAGGAUUUGAAAAAUCAGCAGCUAGAGUUGGAGGACAAGGUGGACAGUUAUGAGCCCCAACAAGCUGAAGCAAAGGGUAGUAACUAUCCUCCUGAGCUCUUCUCCCUGCUACGUGAACCCUUGGCUGAGGCUACCUAUGGCUAUGCCCAACCCCCAGGCUACUCUGCGGAAAGUGGUGACGUCUCAGUCGGCCAGAACUUAUACAGUGGACUUGAAGUCUACUCAGAGCUAUAUGAGAAUUCAUCCUCUGAACGAGUUUAUGAGGAAAUCUACACUUCUUUGGCAUCAAUUGAAUCCUCUGCAGGUGGUGCAAAUGAUAAAGAGUCUUUCCACAGCAGGAAUGCAAGCAUUCAGCAGUUGCAGCACCAGCCUGGAGAUGGAGGUUAUCGUCAGAGGGGGGUAGUGGGUUCACGUUUGCAUCACUAUGCAGAUUGCUCAGAUGGCGAGUCGGACAGCCCGGAAAAGGAGGCAGAAUUUGCCCUGUACCCACAUACUGAUACCUGCGACCAUGAUGAGGACACUGACAGCCUUGUUGCUGAGGUCAAACACCGCCUAAGCCCUCAGAGUCAGCGCUAUGGUUCAAAGGACGUAGACCAAGAAAAAGAGUUACCAGUGGAAGAAAAAACGCCCCAAUCUGAGACCCAAACUAGUGAAAACGACUACCUUGAAGCUGGUAGCCAAAGGAAGACCGCUAGGCACCAGGCCACGACUUCUCUACAGGAGCCUGACCCAGGAAGAGAUGAACAGACACAAAAAGAUGCCAUAUCUCUGGCUAUCAAAGACAUUAAGGAGGCCAUACAGGAAGUGAAGACCAGAACGGUGAAAUCUCCUUACACACCUGAUGAGCCAAAGGAGCCAGUAUGGGUCAUGAGGCAGGACUUCAGCCCCGGGGAAGAAUGUAACCUCCAACCCUCUCUUGGGGAUACUUAUCCAUGUCCAGACUCGCCCUCUCCUCCAGGAGCAGAAUCAUCCAGCAGACAUCUGCUGCAAGAUGACACCUAUGAAGUUUCUUCUUCAUGUAAAGAGUCCAGAAGGAGCCUUGCAUCCUUUCCAACGUAUGUAGAAGUGCCGGGUCCUUGUGACGCUGAAGACCUGAUUAAUGGGAUCAUCUUUGCAGCCGUCUACUGGGGAUCCACUCAGCUGUUGUCAGAAAAGACUCCGUCCAAGAACGUCCGUAUGAUGCAGGCACAGGAAGCAGUUAAGCGCAUUAAGGUCGUAGAGGGUGAAGCUCAGCCCAUGACGGAGGUGGAUCUCUUCAUCUCCACCCAGAGAAUAAAGAUGCUUAACGCUGACUCCCAGGACACCAUGAUGGACCACCCUCUGCAAACCAUAUCCUACAUUGCUGACAUUGGCAACAUCGUUGUUCUGAUGGCCCGGCGGAGGUUGCCCCAGCGAGACUCUCAGGAGAAUGUGGAAGCAUCGGAGCAAAGUCAGGACACCAAACGGCAGUAUAAGAUGAUAUGCCACGUGUUUGAGUCUGAGGAUGCCACAUUGAUUGCCCAGUCCAUUGGGCAAGCGUUCAGUGUGGCUUACCAGGAAUUCCUCCGGGCCAACGGCAUCAACCCCGAGGACUUGAGUCAGAAGGAAUACAGUGACCUGCUAAGCACUCAGGACUUGUACAAUGAUGACCUUGUCCACUUCUCCAAGUCAGACAACUGCAAAGAUGUGUUUGUAGAGAAGGCUAAAGGGGAGAUUCUGGGUGUGGUGGUGGUGGAGAGCGGCUGGGGCUCCAUCCUCCCCACCGUCGUCCUGGCCAACAUGCUGCACGCGGGGCCGGCUGAGCGGUCUGGACGACUGAACAUCGGAGACCAGAUCAUGUCCAUCAACGGGACCAGUCUGGUGGGACUGCCGUUGUCAACCUGCCAGAGCAUCAUCAGGGGUCUUAAAAACCAGUGUCGGAUCAAGCUGAAUAUUGUGAGAUGUCCCCCAGUAACAACUGUGCUCAUCAGACGACCAGACCUCCGCUACCAGCUGGGCUUCAGUGUCCAGAAUGGCAUUAUCUGUAGCCUUAUGCGUGGCGGUAUCGCUGAGCGAGGCGGGGUCAGAGUGGGUCACCGCAUCAUCGAGAUCAACGCCCAGAGUGUUGUUGCAACACCCCAUGAAAAGAUUGUCCACAUCCUGUCCAACGCUGUUGGAGAGAUUAAUAUGAAGACCAUGCCUGCCACCAUGUACCGCCUGCUGACUGCUCAGGAACAACCUCUCUACAUUUGACACAAAACCCUUCAAACUCCCGUUACCCUCCUUAGGCACCUGCCUGGCCCAACCAAUGCAUUAUAGUAAGAUUUUAGAGCCUUUUUAGUGUUUAUUACUCAUCUUGUGGCAACACUAAACACUGAAGCUAUCCAUCUGUCUUAACUAAAAGAAUUGUAUUCUUACUUUGGCUUGUGAAAGGAUAUUUACACCUAAUUGCUUUCAAACUUCUAUUCGUGGUCCAAAAUCCUAAAAUUAGCAUCUUUAAUGGGUUGCUGUUGAUGUUCUGAUGUACUUUAGGCAGCAAAUUUAGAAGGAUAUGGAAUCUGCAUAUUUACUGAUCAUUUUAGGCAAUACAACAGUUUAGUAAUUCAUUGAUUAGAAAACUAAAACAUUCUUACUUUUCUAGUUUUCAUGAAAACUUGAUGUAAACUUACAUACUUACAUGUGCUUUCUCCAAUAAUACUAUUAAAAUGGAGGGAUGUUAUUGAUGUGUUUGAUUACUGCAGAUAUCUCUGCAGAAAAGUUCGGUAUAAAACUAAUUUUGAAAGAAAUGACCAACAAAUGUGUUGCCUUAUUAUUGAGGCAAAGCUACUGUUCACUUUUACUCUCAUUUGCAAGUUGUAUGUUUUUCAUCCUUGCUGCAGCAGUUGUUGUGUUUGCGUUCUAUAUUUUGGAUUAUUUGUGUUUCAACACGUUUUCUCACAAUUAAGAUACUACCCAGCGUAUAACGCAUGCCCUUCAACCACCAGCACAUUCAGUGUUGGGGAGUUUCACCAGAUGCAGGUGUGGAGUGGGAGUUGCAUCAGUGUCAUACUAGGAAUGGCUUUGAGAAUAGAUGUAACACUUCUCGAGUGACAGAACCAGUACUCGAGUUGUAAAAUAAAAUCAGGGGGGAUGGUGGAUUUGAUCAUAUGGGGACAGAUAAUUUGUGCUGAUUACAAAUAAUAUAAUAUAUUACAAAUAAUAGCAGUGACCAAAACACCUGCAGAAAUACUGCAGGAAUGACAUAGCAGCAGUUAAAUGCAGCCUUCUGUAAGCUUUAAAUAUCCACUGGGCUUACAUCAAAUACAUCAAAACACAACAAUAAAAAACAGUUUUCUGAACUUAUCAAUAUGACUCUGUCCUUCACAGGAUAAGUAAAAUGAUCACUGCAAAAACUCAAAAUCUUAACAAGAAUAUUUGUCUUAUUUCUAGUUAAAAUGUCUCAUUUUAGUAAAGAAAUCUCAUUACACUUAAAACAAGACUCAUCACUGGAAAAAACAACAAUUUUCACCUGUUUCUACAGAGCCCCUUUGGUGACAUUUGAAAAAAAUAAAAUAAUGCGUGGCCACGCAUUAUUUUAUUUUUUUCAAAUGUCACCAGAGGGGCUCCGUAUGUUUCAAGUAGAUUUUCACUUGAAAUAAGUAGAAAAAUCUGCCAGUGGAACAAGAUUUUUUUGCUUGUAAUAAGAAGAUAAAUCUUGUCGCACUGGCAGAUUUUCCUACUUAUUUCAAGUGAAAAUUGACUUGAAACAGGUGAAAAUUGUCAAAUAAGUUAUUUUUCUGGUGAUGACUCUAAAUCUUGAAAUAGCAGUAAAACCACAUUCAUUGAUGAAAUGACAUAAGGGAUGGAAAGGGGGGGUGGCAGUUUUACAGGGGGGAUGAUUUGG